CACGGGCCUGUCCGGCGGAUCAUGAAAGCCCCAAGGCCCAGCGACCCGGAGUGGUACUCCCAAUUGCUCCCCUUGGCGCUAGGGAGCUUUUGGAAGCUGUGUCUCUGUGAGUUGUGGGUUCUACUGUUGGGUUCCGGUUUGAACGCCAAAUUUUUGCCGCGCGAGGAAGACGUAAACUUUAUCAAUGAGUAUGUGAACCUCCAUAAUGAGCUCCGCGGCACAGUCGUCCCUGGAGGGGCUAACCUGCGCUUCAUGACUUGGGAUGUAGCUCUAUCACGAACUGCACGAGCAUAGGGAAAGAAAUGUGUGCUUGAACGUAAUACUCAUUUGGAAGAAGUACGAAUGGCCCAUCCUACAUUCGCUAUUAUUGGUGAAAAUAUGUGGGUUGGCCCUCAAAAUGAAUUUAAUGCUAGUAUUGUUAUCAGAAGUUGGUAUGAAGAAAGGAAAAAGUAUACUUUUGAAAAUGACAGUUGCUCUGAAGACUGCUCUCAUUAUAUUCAGCUCGUUUGGGACAGCUCUUACAAAGUUGGUUGUGCUGUGACUGCAUGUUCAACAGCUGGAACUAUUCAAAAUGCUGCAAUUUUUAUAUGCAAUUAUGCACCAGGAGGAGCUUUGACUAGAAGGCCUUAUCGUGCAGGAGUAUUUUGUACUCAAUGUGGCGCACGUGACAGAUGCACAGAUCUUCUUUGCAGUAAUGCAGAUCGUGACCAAGCCAUAUAUUACCAAUUCUGGUAUCCACGUUGGGAAGUACCCCGGCCAACUGUGUGCGAUCCUCUGUGCAUGUUUGUUUUAUUACUGAGAAUAAUAUGUUUUCUGCUGUGUAUCAUGAUUGUUUUGAUAGUACAGCCUCAUUUUCCAAGAGUCUUAUUGGAAAAACAGGCAGCAUUUACCCCUGAAGAAUCUGAAGCAGAAAAAGAAAAGGAAAAGAAAGAAGAGAAAUUGGAAAUAAAGAAAGAAAAGGAAAUGAAAGGGGAACAGAAAAAGAAAGAGGAAGAAGAAAAGGGAGAGGAAAGUGAAAAGGAAGAGGAAGAAGAAGAGGAGGAGGAAGAGGAAGAGGAG